UUUGAACAGCUCGCCGCAAGGCCUUUAGGGAAAUGUAGUCUUCGCGGAGUAUUGUCUGCUGUUCCGCCUCAGCCUGGUAGAACGGGAACAUCACGGAUCAGGAAAUCGGGUUUGCUGCCCCCGGUGGCAAGCAUAUCACACACUACAGAUGAGGGGGACAUGGUGACACACAUACUGUGACUUGUAGGGACCAGAAGUGGCCACAAUGCAACAGACCUUGGAGUUGGCGCUGGACCGGGCUGAGUAUGUCAUUGAGAGUGCCAGACAGAGACCUCCAAAACGCAAGCAUUCAUCCGGAUCGAGGAAAUCUGUGUUCCAUAAGCUGUAUGACCUGUACAUAGAAGAAUGUGAAAAGGAACCGGAAGUGAAGAAACUAAGACGAAAUGUGAAACUUCUGGAGAAGCUUGUAUUGCAGGAGUCUCUUUCUUGCUUGGUGGUCAACCUCUACCCUGGCAAUGAAGGCUACUCCCUGAUGCUCCGGGGCAAGAACGGAUCAGAUUCAGAAACCAUCAAGCUGCCUUAUGAAGAAGGAGAGUUGUUGGACUAUAUAGAUGCAGAAGAAUUGCCCCCCAUUUUAGUGGACCUUCUGGAAAAAGCUCAGGUAAAUAUUUUCCACUCCGGAUGUGUAAUAGCUGAAAUACGUGACUACAGACAAUCUGGCAACCUAAAAUCACCAACUUAUCAAACCAGGCAUGUCCUCCUGAGGCCAACCAUGCAGACUCUAGUUGCUGACAUACACGCCAUCACCAGCGACAAUCACAAGUGGACACAGGAAGACAAGUUGCAAUUGGAGAGCCAACUUAUCCUGUCAACUGCCGAACCGCUAUGCCUUGACCCGUCGAUAUCCGUCGCCUGCACUACAAACCGCCUGCUGUACAACAAACAGAAGAUGAACACUGGUCCCAUGAAGCGGUGUCUGAAGCGAUUCUCCAGACCGGCUCUGAACAGGCAGCAGGAAUUAUCCAACUGCCCUAUCCCACCGCAGCUCAGACUUCUAGAUUAUCUGCACAAGAGGAAGGAAAGGAAAGCCUCGCAACCUCAGUUUGAUCUAAAAAUAUCCAAAACUGGAAACUACGUCGACUUAUGGAAACAAAAUCCUUGCUCCCUUGCCGUACCCUCUGAAGUGGAUGUUGAAAAAUACGCAAAAGUGGAAAAAUCUAUCAAACUUGAUGACUCGCAACCUACGGUCUGGCCAGCAGAUGAAACAAACGAGGAAUAUAUCUUUGAAUGUGAAAACGGGGCUCCUUUCCAGAAGGCAAAGUUAACCAUCUUUCAGAAUGUAGGAAAUCCUUUGUACUAUGGUAAAAUGCAGAGCUCUACAGCUGAUGAAGAGGAUGCCUUCCACAGCCCUCAUUCUCAAUUUCUUAUUGGAGCUAAAAACGAUAUUGAUAGAAUGGUAGGUCAGUACCAGGACUUAUUCAAAAAUGAAUCCAAAGGGUUUGUGAAGAUGUCUUACAACGCAGGAGGGGUGUCAAGCCAAAGUCCUCUCUCUCCAGGCAAGGAAAUGGAGGUAUGCUCCAUCCAGUCCUCUAUGCUGGGAAAAGGAGUGAAGCACAGACCUCCUCCCAUCAAACUUCCUUCCAACUCUGGGAGCAGUUCUUCUGGUAAAUCUUUUUGUCCCCAGCAGUCAAGUGGCCACCUCAAAUCCACAACUCCUCCGCCAUAACCUCCCAGCAUCUCUCGUAAACAGUCCAUUGACGUCAACCAAGUCAGCCUGCUCUCCCCCGCUGCAUUGUCACCUGCUGGCUCUUCACAAAGAUCUGGAACUCCCAAACCAUCUACUCCUACACCAACCAACACCCCUACAUCGACCCCGCACCCACCCGAUGUUUUGGCCUCCGCUUCUCUCACUCCUUCUGUAACCCCCACACCCCAAGAUUCAAGUUUUAAUUCCCAGCCUACUUUGAUAGCACAGUUUGCCCAACAGCAAAUGUCUCUGAGUCAGGGGUUACCUGUAAUGACUAUUCCGCUGUCCACCAUGGUAACAUCUAUAACAACUGGAACAGCCUCCACCCAAGUCAUGACAACCGCAGGACUUAAUAUCAUCAAUGUAGUUGGAUGUGGCCCACAGGCAUUGAUGAGUGGCUCAAAUACCAUGCUGGGGUGUAGUACUGGUGCCAUAACCCCUGCAGGGAUAAAUUGAGUGGCAUUUUACCAUUCAGGAGGCCUGGUGCCAGGUACAAUGCCAGGCACAUUGCCAGCUGCCAUGCAGUCUGCCUCUCAGGCAGGUGGUCCCUUUGGUAUAAAAAACAAUCCCAACUUGAGACCAUUAAAUCUGCUACAGCUUCCUGGUGCUUCACUUAUAUUCAAUCCAAUGCAACAACAGCAGCCGCAGCUGUCCCAGUAUUCUCCACAGCAGGCUCAGCAGACGGCUACCUCCAGCCCCCAGCAAAGCGACCAGCUGGGGCUGUUACCAUCGGGAAUGGAACAAGGUGCUAACAGUCAGGAGCAGACAUUAACUUCUCAGCAAGCGGCGGUCAUUAAUUUAACAGGAGUAGGUGGUUUUAUGCCUCAGCAGACAACUGUUGCAAUUCUUGCAACAUCAAAUGCACCAAAUGGCUAUGGCAGCAGCACAAGCUCCACCGCCCCUUCCACCACAUUCAGACAGCAGAUCAAGAAAUAAGUGAAGAGGACCCGUCUCCAACCAACCUGGACCCAAACAGCUAAGGACAUCGGCCACUCCUGUCCACCACUGACAAAUCAGAGACACCGAAUGGACUCAUCCGCCAAAAAUUGCCUUCUCUACAAUAGUUUUAAAUGUGUUUUAAUGAUAUAAAUAGAUCAAUUAUUUUUUUUUAUAUAUAAAAAGGUUUGCGAAAAGAUGAAAAACUCUGAACUUUGCAUAAAAAAAAAAAAAAGCGACUAGAGAUUUUACAGACAAGGAUGUUUUUAAGUGUUCUUAGAUGCAUUAAAA